AUGCUAUGCUUUGCUUUGCUUUGCUUUGCGUUGUGCACACCCGGCCUACCGGCUAGAGCACCGCGUCGGAACCGCGACGAGACGACGGACCGACUACCGUACCGGAGCUCGACUGGUCGUUCGAGUAAAGCUCCCUCUGUUGAUCUUUCCUGGCUGCUCGCACCGCAGCCCGCAGGGAUGGCGGAGGACCCCACUUUGGCCGCCACUCGACGCCUCGGCACCAACCGGGCGAGGGAGGCGCGGAAUCCCGGAUUCGUCCGGGUGGACAUUGGUGACGUUGGCCAAAGCCAAAAAGACCGCUCGGCCAUCUCGCCUGAGAUGAUUCUCUGA